UCGGACUACGAUCAGUACCCAACUGUGGAUCCAACAGCAUCCAAGUCAAGCGCAGCUCAUGGGUCAUGGAGGAUGGUGGGAGUCAGCGUCAGAACUGGUGCUCAAGUCUCAAGGUGCUUGAAUACAGUGAUCGCUGCGCGGUAUAACAAAUGUGUGCGGCGAAUCUAGGUUAUUUGGGAUGCCGCACGGCCUGUUGCCUUGAUGGCCGUUUCACUUUUAAGUGUACUGCGGCACAAUGAGGGAAGAAACGGAGGAACCAGAGCACGUCUGCACGCCGGUGGCUACACCGAAGAAGCAAGGCACACGAAGGCAGUUCCGUAGCUACACGCUCCUCGAUGGGAUGGCAGUUCUCUGGUCGGUAGGCAGCUUCCUCUUUGACACAGGGUCAGACAUUUGGGUGGCCUACCGGCAUUACAAAGACGGGAGUAUCUGGUACUUUGGAUUGACGUUAGCAUUUAUCCUGGUGCCGGCGUUUAUAAUGAUGGGCUUCAGUUUCCGUUGGUAUCUGCUGGACUUAAAAUUGAGACCUGAUAGCUAUCCGUCCAAAACACAGUGGUGUGUGCGCACUGUGUUCCACAUCCUUCAGCUUGGGCCCAUAGUGAGAUAUCUGGACACACUCAUCUAUGGUCUCAAGAGCAACUUGAACAAAGCUGAGCAGCAGGAACUGUACAGACGCAGUGCCGAAGAAGAUGUAGAUGCCACCAUGCUGCGCCUCUUUGAGUGUUUCAUGGAAGCAACGCCACAGCUUAUUUUGCAGAUCUGCAUUCUUGCCAGGGAUUAUCCACACCAAGAGGAGGAUUUUUGGACAGUGGUGGCCCAGAAUGUGUCCAUUGUGACGUCCCUGGUAUCUGUGGCAUGGUCCUUGGCAUCUUACAACAAGGCCCUGCGGCUGGUCAUAGAAGACAAGAGCAAAAUGCGGUGGAGAGGUGCCAUUCUGUACUUCAUGUGGCGGCUGUGCGUCAUCGCUCCUAGAGUGCUGGCCCUGGGUCUCUUUGCCUCCCUUUUCCCCAUGUACAUGUUUCUCGUGUGUGCCGUCCGAUGGCUGCUCAUGUCUGCUUGGAUUAUUUCCAUGAAAACACAUUUCUAUGACAACAGGGUGGAAGAGCUGCUGUACAACCUGGUCCUCGGUGUUGUGUUCAUCUUCUGUUACUUGAACCCAGUGGACACACCUACACGACACCGCUUUGCCAUCUUUUAUGUGGCCACCUUCCUUGAGAACAGCAUAUUACUGAGCCUCUUCUAUGUGUACAGUGAGCCAGACAUCUGGUACAAACUUCCUGCUGUGCUAGGUGCAACUCUCAGCUUUGGCAUGGGAAUCACAUUUAUGGUGAUCUAUUACUUAUUGCUCCACCCAACCGGUGAUAUUCCCGUAAUACGGAAGCGAUGUCAAAACAGUGCUCGAAGAAAGCCUGGAAGGACACCUACCUCAUCUUCUAGCCUGGAGAAUUCUGCAAAGGUGUCACAAUGGGUGCAGUUGCCUCAAGAAGAGGAAAAGUCAUCACACCAGAGAGCCUUCCUGUUAACAUAACAUUUUUUUAAUGGGUGCUGCUGGCAGUGAGGUAUGCAUAUAUAUUGUGAUUUCACAAAACGAGCUCGAACAAUGAGACCUGUGCAUAUUACGUAUGUGUAAUCUUUGCAUAUGGAAUAUAAUUCACUGUACCCUUGGGUAUGACAAGGGUGGAAACAUUACUGUGUAGGCUUCACUAAGUCAGAAAAAGAAGCCCAAGAAAGUGCUACAAUAUUUGCGUUUUUGUACAAUAAGUGUGGUAGUUUCCAAGAGCACUUCCAGAGAUUGUCUGUGAUUUCCAUGUAGCAAUGCAAGUGUUAAUCUAUUGAAAUAUGUGCGAGAAAGGUCAAAUGCAUUUUAAUUUAUAUACAGUACAAAUUAGGAACAUCUCAGCUGAUUUUAAUUAAUAAUAAUUGAGAGUAGAUUACACGUAACCCCAUUUGCCGAUUUUGUUGCAUUCUUAGGCACUGACUUGCAUGUGAUACCUUCAUGCCAUAGUAAUAAAAAUGAGUAAAAGUGAAUAAAGUAUGAACCAGUUAUUUUACACAGGGGAAAGUUCUCAAAUGUGUUUUAAUGAAACCUAUAGACUCACUAAAAGCAUAAUGAGGAAUAGCCAUUUACAACUGCACUCACUUUGCAUACUUCAGGUUUUCCCAUCCAUUUUAGUCCAAGUGCUAUCUGAAUUAGUCCAGGUGCCAUCUGAAAUAAUCUGAGCUCCAUUCGAUUUAAUCCGGGCGCCAUCUGAAAAGAUCCAGAUGCCAUUUAAUUUAAUCCGGGUGCCAUCUGAAUUAAUCCAUGGUGUUUUUAAGCACUAUAACCAUGUACUUACACGAGGGACAUCCCCGCAGAAUAUUCUACAGACAUGUAGUGGAAGGAAAAGUAAAAAGCUGCUGACAGGACUUAAAUUCUGCUGCGUCUUAUGUUGAGCAUUCGCACGGCGCCGAGAUAUCGAAUGUUAAAGCAGAAGCAUAACAGACGACACCAUUGGUCAUGUCGUCUGCUACAGAAUAUCUUCUGAGUGAGCUGCAGGAUAUUCCACACGGUUAGAAGAGCAGGAAUGACUCCCAUGGCAGACGACACCACUGGUACUGUCGUCUGCUACAGAAUAUCUGCUGACCAGAACUGCGGGAUAUUUCGCGCGGUUAGGAUAGCGUGAAAAGGCAUGGCUCACAUAGCAGACGACACCACUUGUUGUGUCGUCUGCUACAGAACGUCUCCUCACUGAGCUGCAAGAUAUGCCACGCAGUUAGCAGAGCACAAAAUGCAUGACUCACAUAGCAGACACCAUUGGUCCUGUCGUCUGCUACGGAAUAUCUUGUGACUAAGCUGCGGGAUGUCUUUCCGUGCUCUUCAAAACGCAGAGAAUAUCCUACUGCAGAGUCACAAGAUAUUCCUUCGCAGACGACAGGAACAGUGGUGUCGUCUACUAUGAACAUCAUGCCUUUUCGCGUUCUGCUAACCGCGCGGAAUAUCCUGCAGUUCAGUCAGAAGAUAUUCUGUAGCAGACGACAGCACCAGUGGUGUCGUCUGCUAUGUGUGUGCUGGCUUUUCGUGUUCUUCUGACCGCGUGGAAUAUCCUGCAGUUCAGUCAGAAGAUAUCCUGUAGCAGAGGACAGCACCAGUUGUGUCGUUUGCUAUGUGAGUCAUGCCUUUCCGCGCUCUUCUAACCGCGCGGGAUAUCCAACUGUUCAGUCAGAAGAUAUUGUGUAGCAGACGACAGCACCAGUGCCGUUGUUUGCUAUACUUCUGCUCCAACUCCCAAUAUUUCAGCGUCGUGCGAAUGAUCCACAUAAGACACGGCACACCUUCAGUUCCAUCAGCAGUUUCCUUUUUACUUUUUCUUCCACUAGAAUACUCUACAAAGAUGUCCCCGUGUGAACACAUGGCUAUAGCGCUUAGAACCACCAUGGAUUAAUUCAGAUGGCACCCGGAUUACAUUGCAUAGCAUCUCGAUUUUUUCAGAUGGCACUUGGACUAAAAUGGACGGGAAAACCUGUAGUAAGCAGACAGAGUGCACUGUGCAGAAUGUCUCAGUUUUAUUGUUGUUUGGAGCACUGAGAGCACAUGUGGCUACUGGUGGCGGAGCACCCUGAGGCAGCUGUUACAAUGAAUAUGCAACUCCAUUCCCCACCUUUUAUUUAAAAAUAUGCCAACAUUUAAAUCCUGUGGUGGCAUUGUGUUUUUUUUUUUUUUUUUCCUUUUUAGACAGUGUAGGCUGCAGCCAUGGAGCCUAGAGCAAGCAGUGACCUCUGAAUGGCAUGCCUUUAAUGUCGUGUUGGCCAUGGGCGUAUGAAAAAUUAAGCCUCUGAACCUAAUCAAGUUUGCUUUACAACCAUUUUUGUGAUGCCACCCAUAUUUGAGUUACAAGAAACUAGCUGUUAGUGAUGUUUGAAGUGAUAAGUGUAGUAUGAUAUAUUUUUGGGCUAUGGUAACAUGGCAACGGUUUCUGUAGUACCUACUUUGUUAUUCAAAAUAAUUAUCUUGAAGCUUGUUGUGAAACCUUCCACUUCCUGCAAAGUUUUUUUUUUAUGUGCAUUAUCGAAUACAUACUGCCUGUGGGAUAUGGUCAGGCAACACUACAACAUUCUGGUCACACAGCUACUGGCUGUGCCAGAGUCAGCUAAUGCUGUUCACAGUCAUAGGAGGGAUACAAACCUGCCAGCAUUGCUCGCUCCUGUCUACAAAAGGCCUUGCUUUUCUUUCCUUUCCUUUCUUUCACAAUGUUGCAAAACUGCAGUCUUUUUUCUUGGCAAUGAUACUUUCGACGCUGACGCAAUCGCCUCUUGUGGCUGCCAUUGUUUCUGCAAGUUCCAGACAUAAACGUACACAUAUGGUUGAAGAAUGCAAAGUUUCUUGCUCAGAAGAUAUGUGUUUCCCUCAGAAAUGCGUGCAAGAGGUAUGAGGGGAGAGUCACUGUUGCUGAAAUAGUUUUUAAUCAUAUUGCUGUGCUAGGGUUCACACUUUCUGCUGCAAUGUUGUACCAUGUUCUAGUCCACAUUAUUAUAGUUUCUCAUUGUAACAUUUCUAGCUCAAAACCAGUAAUAGCCAGUAAGUACGGUAACUUAUCCAUUCUUCCUACAGUAGCAAAGUAAAAGAAAUUAACACUGCCAUUGUAGCUUGUCAUGUCCUGAAUGAGAAAGUUUGAUCAUUGUACAUAAAUGUGUUAAAAUUUUAUUCGGACAUAUUUUCAUAACAAAAGUUUUGGGUUGCAGACAGGUGUAUUAGAAGGUGUUGCAGAAGCUGACCACAACAAUGAGAUAGAAUAUCAAAACUUUUCUUUUUUUUUUUUUUUUUUUUUUGUCGGCAGCACAUGGCGCUAUGAAACAAAUGUGAAAGUAAACACGAAAUCAUGAGAAAAAAUAACUCAUUAUGACCUAGAAUUGCCUAUUUUUGUUACUUCCAAGUACAAAAUCCAACAUUCGGUGAAGGUUGAUUGAAACAGAAUCCUCGGGUCUGGAGCCACUCAUGUUUUGAACAGAAGCCAUUGUGCUACCUGAAAUCGUUUAGUAGCAUUAAUAAUCCAUAGACAGCGGUGGCACUUCCUUGAGUUUGAGGAAGCGGAGAACGAAACACACACAAAACACAAGAAGUGGACAGGACAUGUUUUGUACAUUUCAUUCUUCGCUUCUUCAAACUCAAGGAAAUGCCACCAUAGUCUACACCACUUACACCAGCUUACUUGCCUCCUCCUGCUGAUAGUUCAUGUUCUUCAAUAUUCCCUCUUUCUUACACCAGGCCCGUAUUUUGUGUAUGGGUGGAAUUCAACUCCUGGUUGGAAAUAAGUUUACCACCCCUGAUCUAUAGUUUGCCACCCCUGAGGUCUAGCCUCACCUGUAUGUUUUGUUUUUGAUAAGAAGCACAUACAUAUCAUCACGUCUUAUACAAAUAAUCCUGUCACUUUGUCGUUCUUUCUUCGUCUUUUGGUGUGCUCUGUUUUUCCUUUCUUUCACUGUAGGUAAUUGGAGUAGAUUUAUAUGUAAGGACGGGUUUUUUUCCUGUAUUGGGUGUUGUUGCUAUCACGGUCCCAAUUUUGUGUGUGUUUUUAAUUUGUUAUUUGAGAAACAAAAGUUAACAACCCUUAAGAAAACGCUGGAGCACUGUGCUUGAUAUGGGUUGUAAAGUACUGUAGUUUUGCUUGCCCAUAGUCCUGAGACUGUUGCAAAUGCCAGAGUGAAAAUGUUUCAAUGUUAUUCCUCUGCAGUAACGAGCGUGAGCUCUUUCAGUUUGUGUCAAACUUUUUAUCUAUGCAGUACGCAGCAUACAGUAGUUCCAUCGAUACUGUUUUACAACCAGCCAGCAAUAAAUCAUUUAUCUAAAUACAUUUGAGAACUGCACCCACAACACUAACAAUGACCUUACUACCAAGUAAUCAUAGGAGGAACCUGGUGGCACAUCCAGAGCACGCACAUACCAGCCUCUUAGUGGAUCUAGUCGAACCAGGUUCCUCCUUAUAUUCUCGCCUUAUUGUUAGGAAUUCUGUUCAAGUGUGUAUUGUGUGUUAAAAAAAACAGUGCAAUGAAAUCUAGUGUUUAAAAGUGUGCCAAUAGCGGUUACAGCUACGUCAGUUAAGUCACUAAAGGCCACCGUUGUAGUAAUUAGCUAGUGUUUCAAUUUCGUGAUAUUUAGUCUAGUCUGUGAUAUUUAUUGCUUUGUUUAGUUUUCUGUAGGGGAGCACUGUCCAUGUUGGGUAUAUACCUUGCUAAAAGCUGAAGUGUUGCAACCAGAGCACCAACCUGGCACAAGCAAUAGAGCUGCACUUGACACCUCAUCAGCAUGCACAUUUAGUCCGUGAGAUAGACAACAGCACUGGCUUCAGCUUGUGAGUGGCUAUAUUUGUGCAAAUAAUACAGAGUUUCUAAUUCAUGCAACUCGCAGCAGACAUAAACUAUUUACGCAUCACUCAAAACUAUCUCCUUUAUACAUGUGUCCUUUUUUUCUAUAAGGGAUAUCCUCAUUCUCAAACGAAGAAGUACUUUUCACAACGGACGGAGUAGCUUGUCUUACCAAGGUCUAAAUAAAAAUUCUGAGGGCAGGCUGUUUUCUAGACUGUGUUAGUAAAUAAAUGAGGUUGGUGCAUGUUCAUUCAUUAGCCUAUUCAUUUCUAAUAAUGCGACGAUGUUGCUAAGUUAACUUAUUUGCAUGUUUCACCACACCUCUGAGCCAUAGCGGUUGUGACAUGAAUGUUAGCAACUAUGGGUUAAACGUGUAUGCAGUAGCAAGCCAUGUUCCAGUUGUUGCCUGACAGGGAGCUUUACCUGGUAUGUACUAUGUGUGUGGUCGUAAUCUAGAGGUUGUGGCAGUGAGAUGUGUUUACAUAGUGAGAUGUCUUGACAUGGCAUUGUAGCAUCCUCACGCACUGUAGAGCAUUUUGCAUGAAAGUGAUAAUUGACUUGCCGUGUCGAAAUGCUGUUCCUACUUGCUUGAGGUCUUCGAACUUUUGUUUUUGGCAAUUUGACUUUUGUGUUUGGCAUUUUUUAAAAUGACUUUUCUUUUCAACCCUAGAUUUUUAGAGCAUAUUUCAGAGAGUGUGCACUGAGUUCUGGAAUCAAAGAAGCUGGGUAGAAGAUUUGUAGCUCCAUUUUCGAGUGAAUGGAGAACAUUGGCAGUCCCCUUGUGUGUGUCGGAGCUGCCUUGCUUUUAAGGCGUUCCAUGUUUUCCCUUUUAUAGUGCCGAUAUACCUUCGAGUGAUGCUUAUGUACCUCAGGAAUGUUAGACAAUUGUUGUGUAAUUUCAUACUGGGUUUCGAUUGGGGUGUGUUCAGUAAUUGCUCAAUUGCUAAUUGGGGUGUAUUGGGGUGUAUUCACUAAUUGCUCAAACACAAAAUGGCUUACAGCAAAUGAAAUACUUCCAUUCAAU